GGUGCUUUCAGGUGAAGUCAAACAACAAGUCAGACACUUUUUAUGGUGUCUUUUAUAGUUGCCGCUUCAAUCAAAAUACUUCAUGGUGUUGGCUGUCAUGGCUCUGUGGAAACCUUUUAAACUUUGUUAAAACCGUAUCAAAGAAAAUACAAAAGGUAAGGGAUAUUUUUGGACUGGAAAAUGAGAGCAACUUUUUUAAAAUUACAGGUUAAUUCUUGUUUUUUAGUUUGCCAAAUAUACUGUAUCUCACCUAACACAUCACAGAUUUAAUUCAUAAACAUCAGUAUUUGGAUAUCUAGCAUGUCUGUGCCAUUUAAAUACAUUUGUGAUGUUAACAUAACAGUCUGGAGUUCUCGUCAGGUGAAAAUGAGCAAUAUAUUCAUGUCAGGUGUCCAGCAGUUGCAUUAAAUCAUUUUGCUAUCUACAAUUCAGUGAUGUUAAACAUUAAUGGAUAUUGUAAAAAGCUGCGGUGCAACCUUCUCCAGAUCAAAGUGAACUGACUGACAUCAACAUGGCUGAGUUUGGAGAGAUCCUGCAGAACAUCGGAGAGUUUGGAUUAUUCCAAAAGCUCACCCUGGCUGCACUUUGUUUUCCAAAUGUUGGUGAAUCUUUUCUUUCUGCAAGUUUUAUUUUUAUCCAGUCUGAUCCAGAGCGACACUGUAACACAGACUGGAUCCUUCAGGCUGACUCUAACCUGACCACAGAUGAGCAGCUGAACCUGACUCUGCCCCGGGAGGAGGAUGGGACCUUCAGCAGGUGUCAGAUGUUUGUUCCUGUGGACUGGGACAUUGGAGACAUCAGGGAGUACGGACUCAAUGAGACCACAGGGUGCCACAAUGGAUGGGUCUAUGGCAACAGCCUGUAUGAGGCCACCAUAGUCACUGAUUUUGAUCUAGUUUGUGACAGAGAAAACUUGGUGAGAGUGGCACAAUCAUUGUUCAUGGUCGGCGUUCUUGCUGGUUCUUUCAUAUUUGGACCUCUUGCUGAAUCGCUUGGUCGCAAACGAACAAAUCAAAUUUCAGCUGUCCUAUUAUUCAUAUUUACUGUAGCAACAGCAUUUUGCCCCAAUGUCUACGUUUACAUGGCAUUCCUGUUCAUGGUUGGAGUUGGAGGUGGAGGCUAUCGAGUCAACUCUAUGUUACUGGUCACUGAGUGGGUCGGGCCGUCCAAAAGAUCCUGGGGAGCCUGUAUGACUCAGAUAAUUGGUGCUACUGGACAAUGUAUCCUCGCUGGUCUGAUGUACUUCAUCAGACGGUGGAGACUGGCUCAACUAAUAAUGGCAGCUCCAUUUGCAGUACUUGUUAUCUACAUAUGGUUUAUUCCAGAGUCAGUUCGAUGGCUGUUAAGCAGAGGAAGGACAGAAGAGGCGAAACAGUUGAUUAUCAAGGCAGCAACCAUCAACAAACGCACUGUUCCAGACUCUCUGUUGGAACAGAUUGCAAAAAAUGAUGUUGUGCAAAAAAGAGGUCUACAAGUUAUUUUCAGAUCUUCUAUCCUGACCAGAUAUUUCUUCAUUGUAUUACUGGGAGGGUUUUCAGUCAGCCUUGCUGCCUACUCCCUGUACCUGAAUGUUGGAAACUUUGGAUUGAGCAUCUUCUUGACCCAGCUAUUGUUUGGUGUUUUUGAAAUAACAGCUAUUUUACUCGCCAUGUGGCUGUUGGAAGUUUUUGGGAGAAGAAAAUUAUUCAUAUCAACACUUUUAACAGGAGGACUUGCUUCCAUGUUGAUACUAGCUGUUCCUAAAGGACAAGCCAUUGCUGUGACAUCUCUAGCUACCGCAGCUCGUUUUUUCCUGGCCUGGGCUGGUUCUGUAUCUACUAUCUUUAUGCAGGAGCUGUUUCCGACAUCUGUUAGACAAUCAGCCUCAGCCUUUGAAGCCAUGGCAGCAAGACUAGGAGGAAUACUGGCUCCACUGCUCAACAUCCUGUCCAUGUACCACUGGUCCAUACCCACCGCUGUCUUCAGCAGCUUCGCUCUGAUCAGUGGAGCGCUCUGCUUCCUGCUUCCUGAGACCACGAGAAAAGAGCUUCCUGAGUCCACUGACGAGGCCGAGAACAACAGAAAUGUGACAUCCACAAAAACAGAAAAUCUCAAGCAACAAUCAACCAAGUUGUAGACAUGUGUCUAAUGAUUUAUUCUUUAAAACUGCAUAAUAAAUCUAUGGAGUUUUGGGCUAUUUUGUCCAUGUUUGAAUCCUUUUCAUCCUGCCUGUAUUCACCACUUAAAACAUGUUUAAAUGCCAAAUUGGCAUAUUUUUUUUCAGCACAACCUCACCUAUAUGACCUAAUUAUUGAUUUUUUUCAACAUUUUGAACCAAAAAUAAACAAAGAAAAACAAACAUAAAUGUGAUCUUGUGAUUGUGUGUGAUCCUGUCAUCAACUCUGGUUUUUUAU